GAUUUCAUUUCACUCUUUAGAAUUUUCCUCUCAGGCGUUUGAAAAACCCAUGGAAUCCUGCAAAAUCAUCUCGACAUCUCCAAUUCCGAAGCUCCGACUCCCGGAAUUCCCAACUACAAAUAAACCCAAAUCACUGAAAUUACACCGGCAAAAUUACAACAUACGACGUCAUCGGAUCAUCACCAGAGCUUCUUCUUCUUCUGGGUCUGAUGAGAAUGGAUUUUCACCUUCACCCAGUAGGGUUUUCAGAGAAGAAGAGGCUAUUGGGGCUGAAUAUGGAGAAGGGUUUGAAACAUUUAGACCAGAUGGUCCAUUGAAAAUUGACGUGGAUUUUUUGAAUGAUAGAAUGCAAGAAGGGUUCUUGCAAAGAAUUCGGUAUGCUAUGAAGCCUGAUGAAGCUUUUGGACUUAUAUUUUCGUGGGAUAAUGUGGUGGCAGACACAAGAACGUUGAAAUUAAAUGCCUGGGAACAACUUGCCUCUGAAGAGGGUAAAAACAUCCCUGGUGGUGGCACUGUUGAAAAAUCCUUGCUUUACGCAAGUGCUGAUCAUGUUCUGCGUAAGGUGUUGUCCUGGGAGAACGAAGACAAUGAAGUGGAAAGAUUAAAAUCCAGGCUAUCGGAGCUGUAUUUCGAGAAUCUUCUCAAAGUUAGAUCUCCGAAUAAAAUCCAGGCUAUCCACUCUUUCAGUUAUUUGUGUGGGCUCAAAGCACCUAUUGAAGGAGUGAAAGAGUGGUUGGAUGCUGUCUCUACAGCUCGCGUCCCAUGUGCCAUUGUAUCGUGUCUUGAUCGGAGGACCCUAGUUGAGGCUUUGAAGUGUCUAGGACUCACCAAAUAUUUCCAGGCAAUUGUGACAGAAGAGGAUGGAAUGGAUUCAGUGGCUCAUAGAUUCCUCUCUGCAGCAGUCAAGUUAGACCGCAAACCAUCCAAAUGUGUGGUAUUCGAGGAUGACCCAAGAGGGAUAGUUGCUGCACAUAACUGUACAAUGAUGGCUGUGGCCUUAAUUGGCGUUCACCCUGCGUAUGAAUUAGUUCAAGCUGAUCUAGCAGUUGGUAGCUUCAAUGAGCUUUCGGUGAUUAACCUCCGUCGAUUAUUUGCUCAUAAAGGUUCCACAUUUAUGGAAUUACAAAAACAAGGAACGGAGAAGACUCCUACUAAGAGGAAGCUCACAAUAGAUACAAUCUUCUAAUUCAGUUUUUCUUCUUCUUACUUGACCCCGAUUUGUAUAGUUUUAGUUCAGUGGUCUUCUUCUUCUUGUAUCUAUGUUCAACCUUGUGUUACACUUGCAACAUGAUUUAUACUACAAUAUUACAGCCUGAUUGGUCAAUUUGAGUCAA